UGCACCAUGCCCACUCCUAACGCCACCACGCCACAGCCCAAGGGCUUCCGAAGGGCCGUUUCAGAGCUGGAUGCCAAGCAGGCCGAGGCCAUCAUGUCCCCAAGGUUCAUUGGGCGGCGGCAGAGCCUCAUCGAAGAUGCCCGUAAGGAGAGGGAGGCGGCGGCGGCAGCUGCGGCGGCGGUGGCCUCCUCAGAGCCUGGGGACCCGCUGGAGGCUGUGCUCUUUGAAGAGAAAGAUGGGAAGGCCACGCUCAACCUGCUUUUCUCCCUGAGGGGCACCAAGCCAUCCUCACUGUCUCGGGCCGUGAAGGUGUUUGAGACGUUUGAAGCCAAAAUCUACCACCUGGAGACAAGGCCAGUCCAGAGGCAACGGGCAGGGGGGCCCCACCUGGAGUAUUUUGUGCGCUUUGAGGUGCCCAGCGGGGACCUGGCUGCCCUGCUCAGUUCUGUGCGCCGGGUGUCAGAUGACGUGCGCAGUGCCGGGGAGGACAAAGUCCCAUGGUUCCCAAGGAAAGUGUCAGAGUUGGACAGAUGUCACCACCUGGUCACCAAAUUUGAUCCUGACUUGGACCUAGACCAUCCGGGCUUCUCGGAUCAGGUGUACCGCCAGCGCCGGAAGCUGAUCGCGGAGAUCGCCUUCCAGUACAAGCACGGUGAACCGAUUCCCCAUGUGGAGUAUACUGCGGACGAGAUUGCCACCUGGAAGGAAGUCUACACUACGCUGAAGGGCCUCUACGCUACCCAUGCAUGCCGGGAGCACCUGGAGGCUUUCCAGCUCCUGGAGCGCUUCUGUGGCUACCGGGAGGACAGCAUCCCCCAGCUGGAGGAUGUGUCGCGCUUCCUGAAGGAGCGGACAGGCUUCCAGCUGCGGCCCGUGGCGGGCCUGCUAUCUGCCCGUGACUUUCUGGCCAGCCUAGCCUUCCGCGUGUUCCAGUGCACGCAGUAUAUCCGCCACGCCUCAUCGCCCAUGCACUCACCUGAGCCAGACUGCUGUCACGAGCUGUUGGGACACGUACCCAUGCUGGCUGACCGCACAUUUGCCCAAUUCUCCCAGGACAUUGGCCUUGCAUCUCUGGGGGCCUCUGAUGAGGAAAUCGAGAAACUGUCCACGGUAUACUGGUUCACUGUGGAGUUUGGGCUGUGCAAACAGAAUGGGGAGCUGAAGGCCUACGGCGCCGGGCUUCUGUCCUCCUACGGGGAGCUCCUGCAUUCUCUGUCGGAGGAGCCCGAGGUGCGGGCCUUUGACCCUGACGCCGCAGCCGUACAGCCCUACCAAGACCAGACCUACCAAUCCGUGUACUUUGUGUCGGAGAGCUUCAGUGAUGCCAAGGACAAGCUCAGGAGCUACGCCUCGCGGAUCCAGCGCCCGUUCUCUGUGAAGUUCGACCCAUACACACUGGCCAUCGACGUGCUAGACAGUCCCCACACCAUCCGCCGCUCCCUGGAGGACGUACAGGAUGAGCUGCACACCCUGACCCAGGCACUGAGUGCCAUUGGCUAGGUGCGUGUGGUGCCACCUACAGGUGCCAGGGUCUUGGCCCGGAGUAUCUAGUUCCUUCUCCAGGCUCCCGUGACCCAGGGCUCAGGCCCAUGUGAGGGCUUGGGCCAUGGACAUCCCCAGAGUCCACUUACUCCCUCUCAUGGGCUCCCCUCCCCCCGGGCACCCUGCUGCUUCUCAGUCCCUUGUCCUACUGCUGCAUGUGCUCCAGGGCCAUGGGUGGCCAUGCCACCCACUGCCCACUAGUGCCAAUCCCUCCCCCACU